AUGACACCAACUUCUCCUAUAGAACAAUCCGAAGAGGAAGAUGUGCUUGGAUACACCUCUUCAGACACCUCAGGAGCAGACGAAUAUGAUUUAUUCACAGAAAUCAUGGAACGUGUACGACUGGAUCGAGUCGCCAAGUACGCCACCACAAUCCGGCAAAGCCUCCAACACAGCAACCCACAAAGUACCAGGGUAAUAGAAAUCAAGCCACCAAUAUUCGGCUCCUACCAUGUGCUUUACCCAGUGAGAUUUCACGACGAAGCUCUCUGGCUACUCAAAGUCCCUGCAAACGGGACCCGGGAAAAAUUCAGAACCUCCGAUGCCAGAGCUAUACGCUCAGAAGCACUGACGAUGCGCUUGCUGCGUCGUGAAACUACCAUCCCAGUUCCAGACGUUUAUGCCUUUAGCGACACAUGCGACAAUGAGCUCAAUUGUCCGUUCAUUCUUAUUGACCAUGUUGAGGGAGUCUCGCUGUACAAAGUCUGGUUUGAUAACGCUUCGCCGAAAGAUAUUGUACAGGCGCGACGCACUCGAUGCUUACGAGACCUCGCGGCUGCUAUGGCUCAGCUGGACAGAUUCUCCUUUAGCACAGGGGGGUCAAUGGCUUUCGAUGACCAGGGUUACCCAUCGGGUAUCGGUCCUUUACGACUAGUAGAUACCGCAACCAUGCGGGAGCGGUUAAGGGCUCGCGAUCCCGACCAAUCGACAGUCUAUUUAGAGAUGGGACCCUUCUCCAAAACAAAAGAAUACUACACAGCACUACUUGAUCAUCGGAGGCAGCCAGAUAUGACUUUCGAAAAGGGCGUGCUUGGACUUCUCCGAUUGUUCAUCGACUGCAUCCCAGAGCCAAGUGAUGAACGGGGCACGUUCGUUCUAGCCCACCCUGAUCUUGAUGUUCAGAAUGUCUUGGUUUCACGCGACGGGGCAUUGCAGGCCAUCAUAGACUGGGACGGGGUUGGGGCUGUCCCACGAAGUGUAGGGAAUGAACGAUACCCGAGCUGGUUGACACGAGACUAUGAUCCAGCGACGUAUUGCUGGACUGAAGACAUAGAGCGACGUGCUGAGCCACUGGGUAUUUGGGAGGAUUCGCCCGAUACGUUGAGAUUCUAUCGAUCUUUAUAUGCUGGGUUCAUCCAGUCUCAUCAAUUAGAUGAUGGUCCGGCGUGCGCUAAUCUAACUACAAAAUCUCUGAUCCUCGGGAACCUACUAAACGCUGCGAAUGAUUCGUAUGGUACGGUUGAUACCGUGCAUAAGAUCUUCAAUGCAGUCGUUAAGCUUGCCCGGGAGGGUGCAUCGACUCGGUCACAUGUGCUUGAUGACGGCAAAGUGUGUCAGGAGGAAGAUAUAAAGAUAAUGACUUUGAUGACUUUCACUUCUAUGAUGUUGCAUGUGCACUGGCUGAGAGAAGACUGA